CCCGCGCCUACCAGCUCUCCAGCUCUGCCGCUUCUGGCCUACAUCCUCCCCCUCCCGAUUUCGCCCAAAACCAUCGACUUCAUAAUCGAACCUUUGCGAUACACUCGCUAUCAUAGCUAGCUGGGAAGGCAGCGACGGGAUCGUGGCUUACGGAAACUUCCGAAACUCCCAUCUUUCUCAUCCGUCCGCUCCGCUCCUACCAGAAACCAUUGAGAAAGGAUUUAGGCUGAAUCCUGCUUCAAUUCUGCCCAAAAUCUACUACCGAACGCCAGGAAAAGCGGGGGAAACUGGUUUUGGAUAUGCAGGAUUUAAAGCUGUAGAUUUGUUGCUUGGCAGGAUUUACAUUAAUCUCGGGUAAGUUGAACUUGAUGGAGUCAUUGAAGGCUAAGAGUACCAAGAAAGGAAUUGGAAGUUCAAAGUUCUCUAAUAAAGCAUCUCAGAGACAAACCUCUUUGAAAACAGGUGCAGAUUUUGAUCCUGUAUAUUCAGAGCUCUUGGAAGGCAUAAAUGGCAAACUCCUAGAUUGUGAGUCCAAUGUCUCAAAUAGAGCUGAUGUUGUCAAUAAAGUGGUGUAUGAUCUUUUGCAACAUGGUGAGGAGUGGAAUAAAUUCAGGAGGACCAGUUUAAAGAAAAAAAUAGACCAUUGUAUGCUACUUGAUAAUUUUGUUCCUAAUGUUGGUGUUUCAAUGGAUGCUCGUGCAAAGGCUUUACAGAGCCAUUCCAAGCGGUCACAAAAGCACAUGUCUGGACAACAACAUCGAAAAUAUGGGUCCUUUGAUAUGCCGAAGGCGUGUCACAAAUUUGAGCUUUUCAAGCCAAUGCAUGACAUGUGGAAAACCUAUAUCCUGGAGCUUCUGGAAGAAUCCAGCAAAAAGCAAUUGGCACAAUGCCUUCUUACAGCAGACUUACAUGGAGCUUUUGUUGCCGUUGUUGAGUGUAAAACAAGAUCUUUUAUUGGUGUAAGCGGUAUUAUGAUUAGAGAAACAACGGAGACUUUUGGGAUAAUCAAGCGAGAUAAUCAUUUCCGAGUGGUUCCGAAGCGCGGAUCGGUAUUUAUGUUCCAAGCGGGGUGUUGGAAGGUUACUUUGCACGGCGACAAACUUUCCUCGCGGAACAUCACCUAAUGUUCAGUCGUCUUGCUUUUUGUAUUUCAAUGGUGAGUUGAUCUUUGCACCAUUCAUUUUUAACGAAUCAAUAUUGAUUAGGAUUUUGGUCAUGUAUUAUUUAAGAGGAAGAUUUACAUACCUGCCACUGAAUUCAUAUGGAUUUACAUAUCUGACACCUAAACUUCAA